AUGGGCGGCAGACUGCAAGAGAAGAACGCCAUUGUGACCGGUGCGGCUGGUGGUAUCGGAUUAGAAACAGUCAUUCUCAUGCUCCAGGAAGGCGCUUCUGUCCUGAUGGUCGACGUAGGUGGACCGGCGCUCGAGAAGGCACUCGCAAAGGCCAAGGAUGUCGUGCCCACACCAGCUGGGAUUCUCGAUAGCAUCAUCGUGGACGUGACCAAAGAAGACCAGGUUGCAGCCGCGGUUGCGCGGGUGGAUGCAUGGGGUGGCGUUGAUGUCAUGUUCAACAAUGCCGGCAUUAUGAACCCGAAAGAUGGCGAUGCUGAGGAUGUCGUCGAUGAGAUCUGGGAUCUUACCAUGGACAUCAACGUCAAAGGGGUGUGGUACGGUUCUAAGCACGCCGUCCGGAGCCUUCGCAAGCAUGGUAAGAAAAGGGGCAGCAUCAUCAAUACCGCGAGUAUCGUUGCGUUGGUGGGUGCAGCUACACCGCAAUUGGCGUAUACCGCCAGCAAAGGAGCUGUACUGGCUCUGACUCGUGAGUUGGCCAUGGUGCACGCUCGUGAAGGAUAUCGCUUCAACUCCCUAUGCCCCGCACCGCUAAAUACUCCAAUGCUUCAGGAUUUCCUGGGAGAUGACCAGGCAAAACGGUUCCGCCGCGAAGUGCACUUCCCGACUGGCCGGUUCGGUGAAGCCAUCGAACAAGCCCAUGCGGUCGUAUUCUUGGCAAGUGACGAGAGUAGCUUCGUCAACGCGACGGAUUUCGUGGUGGACGGCGGUUUGACCAAGGCGUAUGUAACGGCAGAGGGACCUCCUACUGCAGCGCCAAGCAACUUGGGAAAGUAG